GCAAGUCUAAAUCAUGUUGCAUAUCAGUGCUGUUGUGCUGUGAUGUUGCUCAGGCAGAGCCCGGCGCAGAGCAGACAGCCUUGCGGACCAGUAGUCAGACCCAGGAUCAGCCCGGCCUCCUCAGAGCUGGAGACCCUCUCUCCGCAACGUCCCUCGCCUCCGCUGCGUGCCCCCCUCAGCGACAUGUACCCCGAAGAGAGCCGAGGGUCUGGAGGGGUAGCCACUGUGGACUUCCUGGAGGGGACGUACGACUAUGCUGCCCCCACCCCUGCCCCGACUCCUCUUUAUAGCCACUCCACCCCUGGCUACUACUCCGCUCCUCUGGACGCCCAUGGACCACCCUCAGAUGGCAGCCUUCAGUCGCUGGGCAGUGGGCCUACCAGUCCUCUUGUGUUUGUGCCCUCUAGCCCCCGACUCAGCCCCUUUAUGCACCCACCCAGCCACCACUAUCUGGAAACCACCUCAACAACCAUCUACAGGUCCAGUGUCCCAUCCAGUCAGCAGCUGGUUUCCAGAGAGGACCAGUGUGGCACCAGUGACGACUCAUACGGUGUGGGGGAGUCUGGGGCCGGAGCGGGGACGAGAGGGUUUGAGAUGGCCAAAGAGAUGCGUUUCUGUGCCGUGUGCAGCGACUAUGCCUCUGGGUACCACUACGGGGUGUGGUCCUGUGAGGGCUGCAAGGCCUUCUUCAAGAGGAGCAUCCAGGGUCACAAUGACUAUAUGUGCCCAGCAACCAAUCAGUGUACUAUUGACAGGAAUCGGAGGAAGAGUUGCCAGGCUUGCCGUCUUAGGAAGUGUUACGAAGUGGGCAUGAUGAAAGGAGGUGUGCGCAAGGACCGUGGCCGGGUUUUGCGGCGGGACAAAAGACGGACUGGCACCAGUGACAGAGACAAGGUCUCUAAGGACCUGGAGCACAGAACAGUGCCCCCUCAGGACAGGAGGAAACACAGCAGUGGCAGUGCUGGUGGUGGGGAAAGAAAAUCAUCGGUGAUUGGCAUGCCCCCUGACCAGGUUCUCCUCCUGCUGCAGGGCGCCGAGCCCCCAACACUGUGCUCCCGCCAGAAGAUGAGCCGACCCUACACCGAGGUCACCAUGAUGACCCUGCUUACCAGCAUGGCCGACAAGGAGCUGGUCCACAUGAUCGCCUGGGCCAAAAAGCUUCCAGGUUUCCUGCAGCUGUCCCUCCACGACCAGGUGCAGCUGCUGGAGAGCUCAUGGCUGGAGGUGCUGAUGAUCGGGCUCAUCUGGAGGUCCAUCCACUGUCCCGGCAAACUCAUCUUCGCACAGGACCUCAUACUGGACAGGAACGAAGGCGACUGUGUCGAAGGCAUGGCUGAGAUCUUUGACAUGCUGCUGGCCACCACUUCCCGCUUCCGCAUGCUCAAACUCAGACCUGAGGAGUUCGUCUGCCUCAAAGCAAUCAUCUUGCUCAACUCUGGCGCCUUCUCUUUCUGCACCGGCACAAUGGAGCCCCUCCACGACGGCGCGGCGGUGCAGAACAUGCUGGACACCAUCACCGACGCUCUCAUACAUCACAUCAGCCAAUCGGGAUGCUCGGCUCAGCAGCAGUCGAGGCGGCAGGCCCAGCUGCUCCUCCUGCUCUCCCACAUCAGGCACAUGAGCAACAAAGGCAUGGAGCAUCUCUACAGCAUGAAGUGCAAGAACAAAGUGCCUCUGUACGACCUGCUGCUGGAGAUGCUGGACGCUCACCGCAUCCACCGCCCAGACAGACCGGCGGAGUCCUGGUCCCAGGCUGACGGCGAGCCUCCCUUCAACCCCAGAAAUGGCAGCAGUAGCAGCAGCAUCGGCGGAGGUUCCGGCUCAGGACCACGAGGCAGCCACGACAGCCCGAGCAGAGCCCCCACGGGUCCAGGUGUCCUGCAGUAUGGUGGGUCCUCUGACUGCACCCACAUCCUAUGAGACAGAGCAGUUGUAUUGUAAUUCAUUUCAUGAGAUAAUUAUUUAUAAAUUACGUGAUUUUAUAGUCGUAGCUGGUUAGGGAGACAUUUUUCCUUUGCACUACUCCAAUUCACUAAAAUGUGAGCUCCAAGCAGUUUAUCUUCUACGCUGCCUUUCAUAAUAUCUGUGAUUUUGAGUCAGUCUCUCACAGCUUUACAGUACAGCUUAGUAUUUCCAGGUGUGAGGUCAUAUUGUGGCACUCUGUCAGCUACGGUGAUUUGAAAUGACGAGCAGCUAAUUUUUCCUGGUGUUUGCUUCAACCAAAGUGCACUUCCUCUUGGGUUUAACGGGCUAUUGAGCAUAAUUUUUACUUUUACGCAUUAAGGAUGAUUACUAGGAUAAAACUGGCUACAAUGAAAGUGUAAUUUAUUUUUUCUUUAAAUUCCAGCAUCAUUAGGGACUAAACGUCAGGUAUUGUGUCUUAUGCGCGCACACAAUUUUUAACUUGAUGCAUUUGGAGAAAAAUUAUUUGAGUGAUGAAAUUAUGAAAUGAACAGUGGCUGAGGAUAUAUCUGUUGAAUUUUCAAUAGCUAAAAAUUGCACGAUCAAAUCCGAAAGCACUGAUUACAUAGUGAAGGAAGCCAAGCUUUACUGUUGGGUAACUCCACCCUAUCUGCAGCUUUCUGUGUGUAGUUGGUGUGUUCUUUAUGCUUGCGUGCAUCAGGGUUUUUUUCUGAAUUUGUCUUACAAGUCUUGAAGUCUUAAAUAUGUUUAUGUGUCUGCGAGAAAUCUGAGACAAUGAGUUACGAGCAGCUCCAAGCUGGUUUGAUGCAUAGAUCUUUGUCUUGUUGCUUAACUUUUCAACCGAGUCAAAGCAGCAACUGCUUCCUAUUCAUUCUGUCAUGACAUGUUGAGUUUGGCUUGAUUUACACACCUCCAAAAAACUAAUUAUCAUAAUGUAUGCCCAUCUAGGCGAUUGUUUUGAUUUCAGUUUGAAUGCAUCAAAUUGAAACCGAUUGUUAAGAAGAUAUCUGAUACGGACGUGAGCAGGUGUUUUCUGUAUUAGCCCCAGAGCCCAAAGUGACACUCUAAAUCCAAAAUGUAUUCAAUUUAUGAUACUAACAAAGAAAAGCAGAAAAUCUUCACGGUGCGUUCAGACAAAAGUGAAGCAAAUUUUCAUAAUUUGCCCUCCUACAUAUUUACAUUCUUUAAUUGAAUUGAUGCAUGUAAAACAUAACGUAGAAUAAAGAAUUUUUAAAAAACAUGCCUACAUGCAUUAGGUCUAGAUUUAAAUUUUAGGUCUCUGUGAUCAGAGCACAUUGCUCCAAAUUAAAGCCACCUUUUCCUUGUUUGAUGUUUGCUGGAGAUGUGUGGAUAGCCUCCAUACAGGAUCCAAAAAUUGGAUUUAGCCACUUGAGCUGUUAAGUGUAAGUCCAGUCAAACCUGUUAUUUGCUUACUGUGCGUAAAAAAUAAAAGCAUUAAUUGGGAAAAUACUAUUCACCCCUGUGUUUCUCCUGCGUUUGUAUCACAAAAUCAAGUGGAAGAAUACACAGUAAGUAAAUAUUUCAUGUUUUAUUAUUUGCAAAGAGUAUUCUUAAUGAAGUUGGCAUUAGCAAACUGUACAUACAUAAAUAACCAUUUCAUAUUUCAUCAUUUUUUUUACAGAUUCUGUUUUAACAACGCAGUGAUUCUGAUGUCUCAUCACGGCAGAAUAAUUAUCGCAGUUAUUACAAAGCACACUAUUUCAUGUCACAGCCGUCUACUAAAACACUACCAGUGAUUGUUUGGCUUUCUUAAAAGCAGGGGACUUUCAAGUGCAUGCUCAAACAGAAAAGAUAAAAAAAUAACCGCCCGUAUUCAAAGGCAUUUCAACAAUAAUAUACAAAUCAGUUUAAGUUUUUUAACAAGAGAGCUCACAUGUUUUUUUUGUCACAUUUGCCCCAAGUUGAUUAAACACUGAAAAUUAAAAACAGGAAUACAAGCCUUGGCUCUCCGGGAAAGAAGUCGGCCAUCUUGGCUGGACGGCUUCAGUGCAGUACCUUCGACAGUGCUCAUGUCAGUGCUAUCGGUUCAGAUUUUCGCUUUAACGUCACGUGAAGACUUCAUUUCCAAAUUCAAGCAGGUUCAUCUGAAAUGUGUCGAGCUUAAGACAUAAAGCUACGUCUCAUCCUUCAGAAAGCUCUCCUGUGGAGCUGCUGUACCGUUCAGUCGUUUCAGUCGAUUCUUCAAAUGCGUCUUUUGGAAACGAACUCUUCAUUGUGAAUGAUUGCUACUCAGACUGCAAGUCUCUUGUACAGUUUUCAGGUACAAUAUCCCACACUCAAGGUGGUGCUUUAGCUUCAUCAAUACUAACAAACUAUUAACUGAUUGAACACUAAAUAAAUAGUAGCAGCACUGGAUAUCAUGGACAAAAAGCACGGUCGACUUUGGCUCCCAACAUACAGUAUAUAAAUAGUGCUUUGUUUUCAUUGAUUUCACAGGUUUCUUCAGAAACCUUAAAAAAUAAUAUACACAUUUAAGUUAAAACAACAUGAAAUAUUUGGAUGGGGGAGGGGUAGGUCUCCAGAUGAAGGUCCAUGUGUUCUGGAAAGUGGGUUUAAAGGGUUGAGGUGAUUUCAGGAGCACGGGUGUGCAAUGUUAGUGAGAGAAGUCUUCAUAUCACCUCUGAAUCACUUCAUCAUGCAUGAAGAGUUUGUUGCUUUAGGGCACGGGGUGAAGAGGAAACAUUCACAGGAGUCAGUGGAGUCCUUGGCAAAGCAAUGCAGCUGCUUCUCAUAUGGGCGGAGGUCCGUUGGUGUAGCGCAGCAUGGGAUGGAAGGAGCGGGCGAAGUUGUUGGCGUGGUGGCAGCUGUAGUCCUCCUCUGUCAUGGGCACCAGGCAGGCAAGGCCGAUGAGGAGCAGGAGGAGCAGCUGGACGGGGAGCGCAGCCCUGAGUACCCGCAGCAGGAAGGACUGGCCCUUUGAGGAGGAAGAGGAGGAGGAGGUUGACGAGGAGACGCCGUCCGGAAGGUCAGAACGGGAGGAAACGCAGCCAGCGGCGCCUGGUGAUCUGCUCCGGCUGCGGGAGGACACAGACAAAAGUUACACACAGCAGAGAACAGACUGAGCUCACGAGUAUUUGUAAAUCACUGCUGUGUUGUCACCUUUUUGAUACCUUUUAUUUUGCUCGUCUAUAGAGAGAAAGAUGCUCUAACUUCAUGGACUUCAAUAAGAAAUGCAUUCUGAUCAAGCUAAGACUACGUUUUAGUUAAUUGGAAACAUUUGGGGGAUAAGAAAUCCUUUUCAGGGUUCAUUUUGGUUCAGUUAGGUACUUGAGAUGUACCAGAAAGUUAUAUGAUCAAUGGAAAGCAUAUGAGGACAAAUACAAUAGUUAUAUUCAAUAUAAAUGUGUAAUUUCCUAAUUGGAGCAAUUGUCAACUAUUUUGAUUAUUGAUUACUCGUUUGAGUUAUUUUUCAAGUAAAAACGUCAACUUUAAGCUUCUCAAAUGUCAGAAUUGCAGUUUUCUGUGCUUUAUUUAAGUGUGAAUAAAAUAUCUUUGGGU